CAUCAAGACACCAAACCGGAAUUUGAAGUGCCGAGCGCACACACGAUGGCGGCGACGGGCGACGUCCGACACCAAGGCAUGUUGUGGCUUGCGUGCUCGUUCCUCGUGAUCCUCUUCCUCGACAGCAUCCAAGAAGUCUCGCUCCUGCAGAAGAUUGUCCUUGUCGUGUGGUGUUUCCUCGGAAAGGUGUACCUCCACGAUUUGAACGCUGUCGCAGUAACACCCGCCAAGUCGCCGUUGCAGUCCCCUCGUCGGCGCACAGCACCGAAGCCACACAACUCCAAGCACCACAAAUACAGUCCCAAACCUGCAGUCCCAACUCCACCCACAAUAAGCAAGUCGUUCUCCCUGGGAUCCUUGAACCAACACACGCACGAUGACGACCAGCAUGCCCCUGCGCUCAAACGGUCGCAAACUGCAUCGUCGUUGACCCCCUUGCAUCCAGAACCGAUGAGCAUUCUGGAACACUUGCAAGAACCUUUCAGCCCACGUACCGACUCGGAAGCGAAUUCGUCGCCCAAGUCGGACGGAGAAUUUAUCUUGGGCGAAGAUGACGCGUCUCGCCUGGAAACGUUCAAGACCAUGUUGAACUUGGCCGACUCUGUUGGCCUGCCGUACACGGACGAGUACCUCCUCAGUGUCAUGGACGUGCCUGGUCGCGCGUUGCAAUACGCCGCCGACAAACUGAAUCGCAUCAUCGCGUGGCGCAACGACUACAAAGCACACACGAUCACGCCGGCUGAAGUAGCAUCGCAAUUCAAGACUUGCUCCAUGUACUGGUAUGGGUACGACUUCCACAACCGACCGAUCUUGUGGCUGCGUCCAAAGAAGAAGGACUGGACCAACAUGAACAACGACCUGGAAAUUCGCGCCAACGUAUUUAUCCUUGAACUCGCGAUCAAGCAAUUCAUGCCGCCUGGCGUCACUUGCUUCACGCUCAUCCUGGACUGCAAGGACGUCGGGUACCGGGAGGUCGACAUCAGCUUGACCAAGAACCUCGUGCAAGUCACGACAGGCAACUACCCGGACCGCAUCGGAUGCAUUGGGGUCGGGCCUCUCACGAUGCUCGUUAAGGCGUUGACGCGCAUCUUUUCACCGCUCCUGCCCCAACGCCUUCGGGACAAGGCUCGAUUCAUGGACAACCCGCUCGCAACGCUGUCCGAGAUCAUGCCGGCGGACGUGAUUCCGACUUUUAUGGGCGGGACGAACCCGCACUUUCUGAACGCGGACGACGAGGCUGGUCGGUUUGAGUACGACUUUAUGGUGUCUGAAAUGCGGAGGCGCAUGGGCAUGAUCGUGCAGGCCGACGACACCGCGACGGCACCGUCCGUGAACGACCCGCAUGUGUAGAUUUAGCUCCCACUUAUCAUUAUGCCAUACAAUUACGAUGCCGUUGCCGAUGCAAGCGUGUUACACGGACGUGUAGGCCUCGCGGUGGCGCUGCAUGUGGUCUGCUAUCCAUCCCAGUGUGUCGUGGGACUGCUGCUGCUUGGCCUGCAGAGAGUCGAUUUGCAUCGCCCACCUCCGAUCGUUCAGCCGACUGUGGUGACGUGCGACAAAUGUGAAGAGCGAGCGAGGUGUAGGGACGUCAUCUGCGUGGCUGGCGACUCCUGAGGAUGACACGUGGGCCUCCAUCGUGGCAAGCAGCGUUUGGAUGCGCACGCGGUCGACCAUGGCAGCGGGAAUUCCACUGGUCGGGACUGAUCCUUGGCGUUGGUGGCGAAGUCGAUCGCCACUUCUUGUGCCAUCGGGUGGCGGGCGUUGGAGGAUGUCGAGCAGGGUGAUGGGAACGCGAACUGAAGGAACGACGGAGACGUCGUCGUCGCCGUGCCGAUGAACGCGCAGUUUGCUGAGUUUCGUCGCCACGAACGACUGCAAGUUGACUUUGGUCCACUCUGGAACGAAUUGAGUCGGCGAGUUGUCGCUUGCCGAAGAUGAAGUCCGCUCGACCCCUUCAACGUGCUCGAGUUUCGUGGCGUGGUAGAAGGGUAAGGAAGGUGUGGUGUGCGCCAUGCCAGGCGCACGAUUUUGUUUCGUCGCGCACGGUGGUGAUGGAGGCAGUUCAAACGUCUCGUCCGCAUACUCGUCUUUCGACGACGCGUCCUCCUCAAACUCCUCCGCACCAUACUCCUCUCCAUCCAGCGACAUGGUCGUCUGUCCUAACAGCGCGGCGCUGCUUGGCGCAAUAUCGAUGGCAUGCUCGUCUCCAGGCGCGUCGUCAUCGCUCUCGAACGAGUCGCUGUACUCCAUCUUGUG